CCAAAAACAUACAGCCAUGCAAACCAACUUUACUUCUUUUACCAGUAACUACUUUGUUUCUAUCUCACAAAUAUCAUCAUGUCAUGUCCCUAUCACUAUUUCCCCUUUUUCCCCUACCUUUCAAAUUUCCCCUCUUUAACAUAUCUGCAAAAUAAGUAUUCAAAUUCAGUGAUUUUGCCACUUCUUCAAAGUGUGGAAGAUGAAAACAGGGGUAUCUAGAAGGUGGAUAAUGGUAGACAGUAAAGGGCAGAGUAGUAUCUUGGAUUUGGAUAAGUAUGCUAUUAUGAAAAGAGUUUCAAUACAUGCUAGAGAUCUACGUAUUCUUGAUCCAUUGCUUUCUUAUCCUUCUGCUAUACUAGGAAGAGAAAAGGCAAUUGUACUCAAUUUAGAGCAUAUCAAAGCAAUUAUUACUACAGAAGAGGUAUUGAUUCGUGACCCAAUGGAUGAUAAUGUUCUUCCUGUUGUUGAAGAACUUCAAAGAAGAUUGCCAUUGCCAGCUAUUGGCUUAGGAGAAGGUGAAGAUGAUGACCAACCUGUUGUUAACGGGUCGCGAAAUGAAGUGCAAAGCGUUGAACCAACUGAAUUUCCAUUCGAAUUUCGAGCUUUAGAAGUAGCACUAGAAGGAGUUUGCAGUUAUCUUGACACUCAGACACGAGAACUAGAGACGGCUGCUUACCCGGCUUUAGAUGAGCUCACCUCCAAGAUUAGUAGUCGUAACCUGGAUCGAGUGCGCAAAUUGAAGAGUGCAAUGACUAGGUUGACUAGUCGGGUUCAAAAAGUUAGGGAUGAUCUCGAACAACUUCUUGAAGAUGAUGGUGACAUGGCUGACCUUUACCUCUCAAGAAAAUUAGUUGCCGGAUUUUCAUCUCCCUUGAGUGGCCAGGUGGCACCUUACUGGUCCCCUGAUUCUUCCUCAAUACGCUCAAAGUUAUUAUCCAAAGCAAGCAGAAUCAGUGGGAUAACUCAUGAGGAGACUGAUGUUGAGGAACUUGAGAUGUUGCUUGAGGCUUACUUUGUGCAAAUUGAAAGCACGAUGAACAAAUUGACAACGUUGCGCGAAUAUAUUGAUGACACCGAGGACUAUAUUAAUAUUCAGCUGGACAAUCAUCGAAAUCAGCUGAUCCAGUUGGAGCUGUUCCUGAGUUCUGGUACUGUCUGUUUAACAGUGUACUCCUUGGUGGCUGCAAUAUUUGGAAUGAAUAUUCCACAUCCAUGGAAGAAAGACCAUGGUUACCUUUUUAAAUGGGUGGUCAUGCUUGCGGGAAUUGCUUCUGCAUCCAUUUUCCUAUCAAUAAUUACAUAUGCUAGGCACAAGGGUCUUGUUGGAUCUUAAUUACUCCUUUUCUCUCUUAUAUUAUAUAAAAAUACACCCCACGCAUCAACAUGUUCAGAUUUAAUUUCUAGAUUGCAACUUCAAGUGAGAGGUGGAGCCAGGAUUGUAGACUAAAGGAUGCAAUGUCACGAGACGAAACUUAGGACUUAAGACAUUUUUGAAUCUUUCUCCGCUAUGCUACUAGAAGCUUUUCGUGUAUUAAUGAAUUCAACAAUCAAAUGUAAUUUUCUGACAAGCGGAUUCAAUUGACCACUCUA